CACAGUGAUUUACAUGUUGGUUGCUUAGCAAUGGAUGAGGAAAGUACAAGACUUAACUCAAAGUAUUCUAAAGGUGUAUCAUCACCAGAGAGAUUUGUGAGAACCAGACUGUAUUUUACUAGUGAAAGUCAUAUACACAGUCUACUAAAUAUGUUACGUUUUGGCGGUUUAUGUGAUGAAGUUAAAGAUGAGCAAUGGAAGAAAGCCAUGGAUUUUUUAAGCACCACACCAGAACUAAACUACAUGACACAGAUUAAUAUUAUGAUGUUUGAGGACCCAUCUAAGGAUGUUGGAUCACCCGAAAAGUUUCACGUAGAAUUACACUUUAGUCCGGGGGCGUAUACAAGCAGUGACAAGAAUGUUGUGAACCCAGCCGGCUCUGGUUAUAGGACUUCAUUCUUGGUGAGACAGGGUAAAAAGGCCCAUGAAAGUGGAAAAAUGAAGGAUGGAGAUGAGCCAGGUAAAGCUGAAUUGAUACAGGAAACAAUAACUGAAGAGAGUUAUACAGAAGAAUCCAUUGUCCUAGACAACAUGGAGAUAGAAAAACCUGGUGAAGAAAAAGCUAUGGAGACUGAUCAAGAUGGUGUGGGAAGUAAGCCAUCUGAAGCAGGUCCUGAAUCAGAGAAGAAGAAAGAAGACACAGUAUUGAAUGUGCCAAAGAUAACCUUGCAAGUCAAUAGUAAAGAUGUGGAAUUCGGUUCAGCAAAUGAUGUUCCAGCUGUAAUAGCUAAAGAUAUAAAGGAAAUAGAACAUGAUGCUGUGAGGGAGGUACAAGAAUCACCAGUUGAAGACUUAGUGAUGAAGAAAGGUAGGAAAGAAAGUGAUGGAGACCAGUUUGAAAGUGUUGGCUCCCAGUGUAAUAUUGAAGACAUAGAUAAAGUUGGUAACAAGAUAGAUAAAUCAACUACUGAUGAAAAGGUUAAAGAUGACACAGUUAAAGUAGAUAGUGGAAAGUCUGACACUGGCGUAAAGGCUAAAAAGAAAUUUGAUGUUUCAGCUGCAAUACAAGAGGUAGAAGAUAAAGACUUGCUGGUGUUAGAGAAACCACCUGUCAAGAAAGAGAGGAAAGAAAAGAAGGACAUUGAUGCUUCUAGUCAUGAUGAAGUGCUGUUUGAUGAUGAAUUUGCAGAGAAGGUAUCUGAUGAUGAACAUUCAAAGACCAUCACAAGUACUUCAGAUCUUUUAAAUGAGUCAGGGAAAGAAGUACCACAGCCUAAGUCACCUGACCCUGACAUACCAGAAUGGGAUUGGGAUGAUACAGCGUCAAAAUCAGAAAAGGUGGCGGGAUCGUCAAGCAGCACCCUGAAGUCGGCGAAGAGCGAGCCGUCGGAGGAUGUAAUUGCGAACCAUCCGGCACGAACUAGGAGUGGAAAUUCUGUGUCUGAUCCUAUCCAGAUUAAUGCUCCCGUGACUAGUAAGCCAAGAGAAAGAACUGGUAGUUUUGAGAGCACAAAAAGUUACGAUGAGAAGAGAAGCCGAAGUCUUGAGGAUAACGAAAAUAAGGAGGCGUGUUUAG